AUGUCUGAUACAGACAGAAGAGAUGUGCAAGGGAAGGGAUUUUUGAACCACAUGGUUGACAAGGAGCAAAGUCCCCUAGCUGGGAGAAGCAACCGUGAUGGAAAACUGUCUCAACCCGAGAAGAAACUUCAAGAGGCUAUUUGUGUGCUGCUGGUGGAGCUUUGUGAAAGAUUCACGUUCUUUGGCAUCGUGUGCAACAUGAUCCACUUCUGCACUGUCAAGCUCGGCUAUCGCAACUACCAGGCAGCCAUUGUCAACAUGUGCUUUGUGGGCACCUCCAUGCUGACACCAGUGCUGGUGGGCUGGAUUGCCGAGUGCCUUGUGGGGAGGAUCAAGCUUGUGUGCAUCUGCAUGUUUCUACACUUCCUAGGCACAGCACUAUUACCUGUUGUGUCAUUCCCCUUUGAAGACAUUUACAUCGACAGACGACAUGUUCUUCACACGCUACCCAAAAGGGAGCAGAAAAUAGUAUUCUACUUUGCACUACUCACAGCUAGUCUGGGAAUAGGAGGCAUAAGAGCUAUAGUUUGUCCACUCAGUGCAUACAACCUUGAGGAAUGUGGACCAAAGGAACUUCUUUCAUUUUUCAACUGGUUUUAUUGGCUGGUUAACUUAAAUUCAGCAGUUGUCUUUGUCAGCAUUUCUUACAUCCAGCAGUCUGUGGCCAGGAACCUUGGUUUUCUUAUCCCAUUUGUGUCUGGGAUUAUGGCUAUCAUCACAAUUCACAUGAUGAGGGGUGAAAUGAUUUACAAACCCAAAGCAGACAGCUCCCUGCUGACGACUUUUGGGGUAAUUGGUAGUGCACUGAAAACGCGCUGUGUGCAGUAUCGCUACUUCGGCGGAGGUGUGACCAGCUGGCUGGAUCAUGCCAAGGAAAACUAUGGUGGCCAGUACAGUGAGAUUCAGGUGGAAAGCACGAAGUCACUUGCGAGACUCUUCCCAUUGUUUACUUUCCAAAUUCUGUACAGAACAUGCCUUAUGCAGAUUCCUUCAGGAUAUUAUCUCCAAACCAUGAAUUCCAACCUGCACUUCAGUGGAUUUGUCUUCCCAAUUGCAGCAAUGAAUGUGAUAAGCAUUGUGCCCCUACUAAUUCUUGUUCCUAUAUUGGAAUGCAUUAACUCCUCGUGUCUCUUUAGUUCCAAGGAUACUGGACAUUCUCCAACAAUUUACAUUGUUGUAGGUCAAUUAUCCGCUGCACUUUCUGUGAUGGUUGCUGGCUUCUCUGAAAUACACCGAAAGCAUUUCCCUCAGGUGGAGCAGACGCUUUCCGAGGAGGUUCUCCUGGUCUCCUCCAUGCCUUGCUUCCACUUAGCUCCUCAGUACAUCCUCCUUGGAGUGGCUGAAGCCUUGGUAACUCCCUCCUGUGCCUUACUUUCAUUCCGGCUUGUGCCUGAAAGAAUCAGAGGGAUUUCCAUGCAUUUUUUAGCUCUUUUUAAUGGAGUUGGCUGCUUUAUGGGAGCUUUCUUUGUUCAGACAGCCCACGCAGGCACUCAAGGCAACUGGUUUCCACACUUGCUACAUGAAGGUAAAUUGGAAAGAUUCUUCUUCUUCUUGGCUUCCUUAAUGAUGGUGAACACCCUGGGGUUCUGGACCAUUGCACACAGAUACAAAAAACUACAUCAGGAUUACACCAAUGAAUUCAGAGGAAGUCAUUCUGGAGAAAAACUUUUGAAGCAUGAAAAAGCCAUCAAGCGUUAUGAUACUGUCCUGGAAAGUUCUCCCAUUUUGCCUCCUAUGGAAGAAAACUGAUAAAAUUUCACCCUUGUUUGACUAAAUUUUGAUUGUGUUAUCCACCAACUUUCUGAUGAUAAAUUACCUAGCACACUUAAGCUGAACUACCUGUGUAUUUGUGAAUUAGUUGAUGAAUAAUAAUGUUAUUUAUAAGUUUACAAAAUAAUAUUUGUCAUGAGAUUUUUGCCUUGUAGGAGGCUGAACUGUCAUAAUUCAUGCUGAGGAGAAGGAGAGCUCACUGCUUGGCAUAGUUAAUGGA